AUGGCAGUCGCGGUCCAACUCCCCAUUACAUUUCCUGGACUUCAUGUUCCUCCAACCAUUGAGGGCCUCACUCAGUCUUCGCUGCUUUAUAAUCUCCUCCCGAACGAUGAGGUUCAGCCUGAAAAAAAUGUGGUUCAUUUGAAGCAGCUGGCAACUAUGUUUGCCCGCUUCAACCUCGAGAAAGAUGAAGUGAUACUUGGCACUGCGCUCGAGUCUCGUCGCGGCUGUUUGACUAGGCUCACUCGCAUCGUUGACAUUGACCCCGCUGGGAUCCACGGUCAUAUUUUCAAAUUCACUUGUAACGGAGAGAUGCAGGCCUACGAGGAUCGCGAGGGUUCAGUCCCCAGCCUUGAUGGUGUCAACCCAGCAUUUUUCAAGCACCUAGCAGAUUAUGUUCGCGACAAUGACUUGGAGAGUCUCCUUGGACUUCAGGUCCUCGCUGAAGACGUCCCAAAAAUGAUGUGCGAGUUUGUUCUCGAGGGAAAUGGCACAGUUAUGUUAGAUGCCAGAGACGUGAAGAAUUGGAAUCCAUAUACCCUGACUACUGCGAUGGGACCCUUUAAUGAGGAAAGCGCACCCCCAAUGCCGCAGGACGGAGCUUUCCGCCCAAAAAUGGAGUAA